AUGGAUGAUGAAAUGAGAGAAGAAAUAACAAAUCUUACGCUCAUUACUACUUUUCCAGAUAUCAACCCUACUGAAUUGGUUUACCCAAUUGAAGCCGGUGAAAAUGAUUUUUGGUUACUUUUCGCCACUCUUGUGUUUUUCGCACAUCUGUUGGUUACUUGGUUCCUUUCUCUCCUUCCUUCUUUCCUUCCUUCCUUCCUUCCUUUCCUUCCGUCCUUCUUAAUUUCUUUCCUUCCUCUCUUCUUUCUUCCUUCGUUUCUACCUUUUUACUUCCUUCCUUCCUUCCUUGUCCUUUAUGUCCUUCCUUCCUCCCUUCUUUCUUUGCUUCUAUCAUUCCAUCCUUAUUUCCACCUUCACUUUCCUUUUCCCCUUCAUGCCUUCGUUCAUUCUUUCUUUUUCCCUUCUUUAGUUCCAUCUUCCCACCUUUCUUUCUUUCCAUCUUCCCAUCUUCCUCUCGUUCCUUUAUUUUCCACUCUUUCUUUCCCUUCCAUCCUUCCUUUCUUUGCUGAUUUCUUCCCCACGUUCUUUUCUUCCACCCUUCAUUCGUUCGUUCAUUCCUUCUUUCCUCCCUUCUUUGCUUCCUUCUUCCUUCCUUCCUUCCUACAUUCCUUCCUUCCUUCCUCUCUCUCUCUUCUUUACUUCCUUCCUUCCUCUCUCUCUCUUCUUUACUUCCUUCCUUCCUCUCUUUCUUCUUUACUUCCUUCCUCCUUUCUUUCCGUCCUUCUUAUUUUCUUUCCUUUCUCUCUUCUUUCUUCCUUCUUUUCUAUCUUUUUACUUCCUUCCUUCAUUCCCCCUUCCUUCCUUCUUUUGUCCCUUCAGCCUUUCCUUCCCCCAUUGUCCUUUAUUUUCUUCCUUCCUUCUUCCCUUUUUCUUUUCUUCUAUCAUUCCUUCCUUAUGUAG